AUGGCCACUGAUCAAGUGGCUCUACUACCUCUCGAUGUCGAGUCUCGCGAGCGCAUUCCUGGCAGUCCAUUAGUUCCGGGUGGGAUUGCAUGGUCAGAAGAUGGUCGUCUUGCUGUCGUGUCCGACGCGAGCAUUCUCGUCGCUACUUUUCGGAGUCGCGAGCUCGAAAUGUUCCAGCCAAAAGGUCCUGCUGUCUCAAAAGACUUUGUUUUUCUUCCAGAAGACACAAGAAAUGAGCACCUUCCAGUAGCAAUUCCACCAGUAAUGGAAUCACUUAAUGCCGGACUACCUCGAGCUAGCGCUUCGUAUUUUUUGCUCAAUGAGAGCGACCGGCAUCAACACAAUCCCAAGGAAUUGUCACUAUCCAAGAAUGCAGGCAAGACGUUCAUUGCGGCAGAGUGGGGACCUAGAGGCUCUGCGCCGAGCUCUUCCUGUGCUCUAUUGGCACUUACAGCGGCGUCUAGAGUGACGCUGCAUUUUCCUCCCAGCUUUCACAUGGACUGGAAGGAAGUCGCAGUGUUUUCCGAAAACUUGUUCGAGUUUUUCGAGACCAAAAACUUUCGACUCGGUUCAUCACAUGAUGAGAGAUGUAAUCAACUACCACCGAGUGUGGCCAUGGCAGGAUCACGUAGAGAAAAAGCAGGGAAGAAGAACAAGAAGAGGAAGGCAGAUCCAGAGGAGGGACAUCUUGCCAUGAACUCGGUCGCCGAGUAUACCCAUAGAUGUGCUAUGAUGUCGACACUGACAAUGGCCUGGUCGCCAUUUAUGGUCAUGGCAGAUAAGCAGAGCAUAACGUCGCUUAUUGCACUGUCGGGACGUAAAGUGAGUACUGUUUGGGCAUAUGCGUAUCCAUCAUUCGUCAAAGGAAAGGUGAUGCAGCCUUUUCUUUUGUCAAUCCCAGCUGCGUGGAUAGAUACAGAGAAGUAUGGUUGGGUUUCUACGAGUACGUGGCAGCAGAUGCAUCGACAUGGAACGGCCUAUGCAACACAACAAAGCCUUAAGUUAGCGUUAGGAACAUCGGAAGGUCAUGUUCUGAUUGUUACUGUUCCGGUGAGGGCGCCUACGACAGAUAGUUUGCCCCAAGAGUUGGCUGUAGAUCGCGUUAUCUUGGCGCCGCACUCUCAACCAGUCUUCGGUCUGUGUAUGGGAAGCCGUUGGACGUACUCAAACAGCCCAACAAAUGAUUUGGUUGUCGCAUCAGGGUCAACGAUCUCUGUAUGGGACUUGAAGAAGAAGAAGCAAGCACAGCCAAGCGCGAAGUGGAAGGCACAUGAUGGCAACUUGACUGGAAUCGACAUCAAUUACUUUGGAGAUACAAUCUAUUCCGCUGCAGUGGAUGGUACGAUCAAAGUAUGGGAGAAGAGCACAGGAACACUGCUAUACUCUAGCGACGCGACUUCUAUCGAUCCAACGGAUAAAAACUCUAGUGGUACUGCUUCUGCUGCAUCAGACACUAGCAAAUACCCCGUGUUCGGUUUGGCAAUGUCGCCCAGCUCCGCCCAGUUGGCGUGCGUGUUCAUCAUUCCUCCAGCUUCCCGGCCCAAUCGCAAAUCGCAGGCUGACGUUUCGUACAGCCGUGUCUCGAGCUCACUCGAGUACAUUCCGUCACCUUGGGUGAAAAGCUCGGACCAAUUUGUAGACGUUGUGUGCCGCGUACUUAGCGAAGGCGAGUCGGUGGAUAGCUUUAUGGAUGUGGUGUGGUUAUGCUAUAACGACAAUGCGGCGCUGAUGUCGCUCAAUGGGGCAACAGACUUGGCCAUUCCCAGUAUGCUAAACAAGAUCAGGAGCGCCAACGGUGAGGCGAGCGACAGUGAGUUGCUCGCGCGCCAACCGAUGUAUCUACCUCUUUGUGAGGAGCUUGAGAAGCGCUAUUAUCGAAAUGCUGACUCCACGAAAAACGAUCUUAGACCUCCCAUUCCGCUUUUCCUACAGGCUUCAUUAUUGCUUCGUAGUGCAAUCACCCCGGCAGAUCAUCAAGUAGCGGCUCAAAAUACUGUACUGGCAAAGACAAGGCGCACCUUGGGUGUGUACUGGGCAGAGCGGUGCUUGACAGCACUGGUCAGGGCAUCGAAAAAGGCCAACAAGGCGCUUCGAGACUAUGUUACACGUUCAUUUUCUGAGAGGAAGAGUGCAUUGACGAUGGCCGAUUUCCUCAGUGUUCAGGAUCCGCUGACGCACCGCAGUGAAGCUCUCGUUACGCAUAUUUACGAGCAAUUGAGCUCGACGGAAAACGUCAGUUCAUGGAUAGCCUAUAUCAAAGCAAAAGCAAAUGCGGAUGGUGAGGACCAGACUGCUGAAGUGUCCGACAAUGCCACUACAGUGUAUACGCCACCAUCACGAGAGACAUGCUUCAUUUGUGAAGGGAGUGUCCCAUUUGGCGAGCUGGAAAUAGUGUGUGUGUCUGGCCAUACUCUGGAGAGGUGCUUCCUCUCGUUUUGCUGCAUUUCUGCCAUGGAAGUCUGGAAGUGCAUGGGUUGUGGAGCUUCAGCGUCUGAAAUCAACUUUUCGAGCGGCACGUGUCCAUUUUAUUUAUUAGACUUCGAGCAUGACAAUGACGUUGGACUCGCUACCCCAGCUGCUUCAAAGAUAAUCUGCCGCUUGUGCGGUAGCUAUUGUAGCUUUCAGAGAUAUUAA